AAACUAAAAAACAAAAAGCCAAAGCCAAAGCCUGCCAUUGACCCUUAACAAUUCAUUCAUCAAAAAAAGCUUUUCCUCUCCAUUACCAUUCCAUUUUUGUUCUGCGCUCUCUGUUUCUGUGGUUGUGUUUUAGGAUUUGAGAGAUCAUGGCGUCGCAAGAAUACUUGGACAAGAUGAAGGUCCGUCAGGAGUAUCGGAAUCUCUGGCACACGGAUCUCAUGAGCACCAUUCAACGCGACCCUCCUUAUUGCUGCUUGGCUUUUUGGUGUGGCCCAUGUGUAUCCUACAUGCUCCGGAAACGAGCUCUUUAUAAUGACAUGUCAAGGUAUACAUGUUGUGCUGGUUAUAUGCCAUGCAGUGGUAGGUGUGGUGAAAGUAAAUGUCCCGAGUUUUGCCUUUGCACUGAGGUUUUCCUCUGCUUUGGAAACUCCGUGGCUUCAACCCGGUUUCUGCUGCAAGAUGAAUUCAACAUUCAAACAACAAAAUGUGACAACUGCAUCAUUGGUUUCAUGUUUUGCCUGCAACAAGUUGCCUGCAUAUUUUCCAUAGUUGCAAUGAUUGUUGGAAGUGAUGAGCUUCAAGAUGCUGCACAGUUGCUGAACUGUUUGGCUGAUAUGGUUUAUUGCACGGUCUGUGCAUGUAUGCAGACACAACAUAAGAUUGAAAUGGACAAACGAGAUGGCAUGUUCGGUCCACAACCCAUGGCCAUUCCCCCUGUUCAGCAUAUGUCUCGCCUUGAUCAACCAAUCCCCCCUGCAGCUGGCUAUCCACCAGCAGCAUAUGGACAGCCUUAUCCACCACCUCAAGGUUAUCCGCCGGCCGCAUAUCCUCCUCCUCAGUACCCUCCAGCCGGUUAUCCAGCACCUGGUUACCCACCAUCUGGUUACCCUAAGUGAUCUUUCUAUGGUUUACCUUUUGGUUUCAAUUGCCUGAAUCUGGAUUACUGACUACUGAGUCAUGGAUGAAGCUGGUAUUCUUUAUAAAAUUUGACUUUGCAUGCUGUUGGGAUUUAUAUAUAGUGUUUAUAUAUAUUAUAUAUUAUAUUGUGUGAUUUACUUUUUUUUAUAGCUGAUUUAAACAGCAAAAGGGUUAAAUAUUAAAACUGUCAGCUUGUUUAUUCUCAAUAA